UNCUGGGGAUCAUCGUGCAUCAAAUGUUCCCAGAGGAAGUGGUGGUUCAAGGAGACAGUGGCUUGGGGAAACUGAGCAGGAGAGGGUGAGUAUCAUUAGGGAGUGGGUACAGAUGAGUAGCCAGCAGAGAGUUGUGUCUUCUAGUGAAAACAGGGAAGAUCAAUCUUCGGAGAUCGGUAACCAAAUUGAACGUGUUCGGGAUGGAUUCGUUGUUAAUCAGCAUGAGGGCCAAUCUGAGCAUACACGGAGGGGAAUCCGUAGAUUGCGUGGCCGGCAGGUUCUGCUUGAUAUGCUCAAGAAGGCUGAGGUGGAAAGGCAAAGAGAAGUUCAGGAGUUGUUUGAACACCGGGCUGUAUCCCGUUUCCCCCACCGCAAUCGCAUUCAGGCAUUGCUUAGAGGCAGGUUCUUGAGAAAUGAUAGAUCAACUGAUAAUAACAGGUCCACUUCCAUUGCGGAAAGUGAAUUAGGUUUAUUGAGGCAAAAACAGACUGUAUCAGGUCUAAGGGAAGGAUUCUUUUCCAGAAAGGACAAUACUGGUUGCAGUCAAGCAACAAGCAACGUUUCCGAUGCCUCAUCUGACACUGAUGGUGAUGUUAAUGCAAUUGAACAUGCUGGAGCCAGCAGUUCACAAACAGUCCCAUCUGUACAUGCUAAAAAGUCGGAGUCUAAUAACGAUGGAAGUGAUGGAAUUGGCAUAUCUGGCAGGGAAAACUGUUUUCAACAAUCUACUUAUGAGAAUCUAGACUGUCAAGAUUCUGGUGCUUAUGCUAAUGAAAUUGAUCAGGCAUUGGCUUCAAGUGUUGAGGUUGAAGGCAGCGAUAGCAUUGGACAAAAUGUUGUUAUGGAUACUGAAGAUGCUUCUAGUGGCCUCACCCAACAAAGGUUGCAAAUUGAAGGUAGAGAUAGCAAUAUGCAGGUAAAUGAGGUACAUAUUGAGCAAUCUGAGCUGGGUGGUAUAACCGAUAAUGAAAGCUACUUAUCACAUCACAGCAAUAGUAUAGAGGGCAAUAUUGCUGCUGAUGUGGAUUGGGAUGUAUCUGUUGCUCCAGAAGUAGAGCAACCAGAAGAGGCUAUUUCUGAAAAUGAAGGAAGUGACUGGCAUCAAACUAGCAUUGAAUGGAGUAGCACUGAGGAUGGUGUUGACAAUAAUCAACUCGGUGGCUCAUCAAAUGAACUACCUCCAAACACAUUCGGAAAUGAAGAUGGAGAAAAUUCUCGCCUACAGGAAGGGCCUGAAGUGUGGCAGGAGGACAGCGGCUUUCAAGAGGCUGUAGAAAUUUGGUUGGGAGGACCUUCUGAUCAUGAAGCAGCUCCAGUUGGUAGAAUUCAUGGAUUUUAUUUUCCCGAAGAUGACAAUGUGUACAGUGUCGAACUCAGGGAACUGCUAAGUAGGAGAAGUGUCUCAAACCUCCUUCGCAGCAGUUUUCGUGAAAGCCUUGAUCAGUUGAUACAAUCAUACGUUGAAAGGCAGAGUCAUGCUAACGUUGAGUGGGAGCUGCAAGAAACAACCACCCCUUUCUCUCCCUCGGCAGCACAGGAGCUUGAGCAACAGAACAGGGAUCCGAUUGUUGGUACUCAGGAUGCUGUUAAUAGCUCACUUGGUCGUCAACCCUUGCCGCCGCCACCUCCGCCACCGCCGAUAUGGGAUCACCGCCGCUCACGUCAUGACAGAUGGUCACCUCAUGAUAUAAAUAAUCAACGCCUAGGAAUGGAAUGGGAUGUCAUUAAUGACUUGAGAGUUGACAUGGUUAGGCUACAGCAAAGAAUGAACAAUAUGCAGAGAAUGCUGGAGACCUGCAUGGAUAUGCAGCUUGAGUUGCAACGCUCAAUAAGACAAGAGGUUUCUGCGGCCCUAAAUCGCUCAACUGGUUCAUCAGGAACACGUGACCAUGAUUCACCAGAUGAUAAAUCCAAAUGGGAAUGCGUGAGGAAAGGGGUUUGCUGCAUUUGCUGCGAAAGCAAUAUUGAUUCUCUCUUGUACAGAUGUGGACAUAUGUGCACAUGUUCUAACUGUGCUAAUGAUUUGCACCGAAGUGGAAGGAAGUGUCCAAUGUGUCAAGCACCAGUUGUUGAAGUAAUUCGUGCUUAUUCCAUACUAUAGUUUAGACAUUAAAAAGGGGUUACAUAUAGCCAAAAUUACAGAAUCUGCACAAGUUUUUAUUUCCUGGAGAUUUCCAG